CAAAGGAGUCUGUUCUUCAGGUCAUUCCCGACAGUGCUUCGAUGCAGCAGCGGCGGCAGCAGCAGCCCAAUGGCAAGAGAUCAAGACAUUCCAGUGAAAGUUCCAGCACCUCCAGUGACUCAGAGAGCAACUCCCAGUCAGACACAGAGAGUGAAAACAGCUGCAGUGAUACCGAUGGCAGCAAACCUCUACACAGCUCUAGCCCAGAGCCAAAACAACCAUCAUCUACUAAGUGGCAGCUGGAUAAAUGGCUUAACAAGGUUAGCCCACCCAACAAGAACACAGUCAUUAACCAUGACAGUGGUCUCUACGAUUUAAAUAAUACAAAAGAAUUAACUUCACAGUUCAAAUCAGACCAUGUGCACAGUGGUGAAGACACUGUGCUGCACUUGGCUGAACUCAAAGAAAGAGAGAACCACAUCCCAAGCACAGCCGCGUUGAGGCCUAGGGUCGCGCACAAAGCCCCGCGGCCUAAAAGCGCCACACAGAGACCGUCAUCCAUCACUGAAGCCAGCCCUCAGAAGAGCGCACUUUGUAAAAAGCAGACAGGAAGGACAGAGACAUCUAGUGGGUAUAAACUGAACUGCUGGCUGAAAGCUGUGGAGCACAGCACAGAGAAUGAGGUCCCGGAGUCUAGCUUGGAGGUACAGCCCAAACAAAGGCCUCACACAAACAACUCUGGCAAAAGGAAAGAUUUAGAGGCUGAGAAGAACAGACAGAAGGGACCAGUCAAAAUUAUUCCAAAAUCCAAGGAGUUUAUAGAGACUGAAUCUUCCUCCACUUCAACCUCCUCCUCUUCCUCUUCAUCUUCCUCUUCAUCGUACUCCUCAGAUUCAGACUCGGACGUGGACAGAGAUAACCCUCCCGUUGUAGCUAAAGUCCCAGCCGACUCCACCUCUCCCGCCUGCAGCCUGAGGCAGAGAGAGUGCCGGAGUAGAUGCCUGGGCAGGGUCAGGGGCUCUGGUAGAGCGCGCUCAGUAUACACCAGAGUGACUGGACAGCUCAGCAGCAGCUUGGAAGAACAGUUCUAUACUUUAGUGCCUUUCGGUCGCAACGAGCUGCUCUCGACCCUCAAGGACACUGAGGAGCUCAAGUCCCUCCUGGUGAAGAUUGACCUGACCCUCCUGACCCGAGUCCCAAGAGAGGUCACUAGAGAGCUCUCUGCCUUCAAGAUAGAGAACGAGAGCAAGGAGACCAGCAUGAGGCACGAGAAUAACUCUGUAAACCACCCUGCAGAGAUGGAUCCUGAAAAAAGCAGGAGGAAACGGAAGUGUGAAAAUGGAGUUGUAGGCAGCAAGAGGAAUCACACAGACAAAGAAUCUUCUGCAGCCUUCACCUUUUCCGAUAGCAACACACCUAUGACAGCUUACACAGAUAUCAGCAUCCAUGAGUGCCAUUGUGCUAUAUUAAUGAAACUGUCUCUUUCCUUCAGCUUUCCAGAAGCAUUUAGUAAAAGUGACAGGAGGCUUCUGUCCCCGCUGUCCCCAAUGUCUGACCAGUCAGAACACAGAUUGAACUGCUGUGACUUCAGCUCUUUAGGCAGAUUGAGCGACAGCAGUGGGUUGGCUCCUGGCUCUGUCUGCAAAUACCGUAAGCAGGAGAUCAAAUCCCCCGCGCCAGAGAUGAAUAAAAUGCACCAUGUGGUUUUGGAGAACAUCCACCUCGGCAGUAGCCAACAAAGCAAACGUGAGCCAUGGACUGUGCCCCAGUGGCAGAGGGAUUCCGGGAGACAUCUGUUGCAUUUUGAUGAUGUAGCACACAGUGCAGAUUAUUACAUGCAGGAGGCUAAAAGGAUGAAGCAUAAAGCUGAUGCAAUGUGUGACAAGUUUGGAAAGGCAGUGAAUUACAUUGAUGCGGCACUGUCGUUCAUUGAGUGUGGGAAGGCAAUGGAAGAAGGCCCGGUUGAAGCAAAAUCACCAUACACCAUGUACUCUGAAACUGUGGAGCUAAUCAGAUACGCUAUGAGGCUGAAGAGCCACUCAGGUCCACGUGCCAGUCAGGAAGACAAACAGCUUGCUGUGUUGUGUUUCCGUUGCUUGGCACUUCUGUACUGGAGAAUGUUCAGACUGAAGAAGGACCCUGCUAUAAAGUAUUCCAAAGCACUCCUUGACUACUUUAAGAGCUCGGCCAAAGCUGUCAAUGUACCAUGCCCAUGGAGUGGCAGUGGAAAGAGCACUGGCACAUCCUCACCGAUGUCCCCCAGCCCAUCCCCUGUUAGCUCUGUGGGGUCCCAGGGCAGCAACUGCGGCAGCACCACUGUACCUAUGCCUUCCUCCUUGCUCAUCACCAUUCCCCAGCGCAUCCACCAGAUGGCAGCAAAUCACGUCAACAUCACCAACAGUGUCCUGUACAGCUACGAGUACUGGGAGAUUUCUGACAACUUAGCCAAAGAAAACAAAGAGUUCUUUAAUGACCUUAAUACAUUGAUGAGACCGCUGACGCUGCACAGUAGUAUGACCCAUCUAGUUCAGUACACCAGACAAGGACUGCACUGGGUAAGAAAUAGCACUCAGUUGCCCCAUUGACAACCAGACUGAUUUUCAACUCAAAUAAGAACUUGGUCUCUAGACACUGUGAUACAGACAAUAUGUUUUCUACAAGAACACUACUGAACGUCACUGGAUUCCACGGCAUAUCAGAUGAAAACAAGGGAUCCAAUCUUUAUUAGAAGUACACCUUCAUGAAAGUGUUUCAGAACCCCCUGCAGUGUUUACAUUACCUUUUCUGUCUCCUGUGAUUUUCACCUUUUUUUU